AUCGGUCGAAGACUCCCACUAGCGACGAAGGUAGCGAUGAGGAAUAUGCGGGUGGUAGCAGCAAUUCCAUGGCCCCCGUUGUAAGUGUACCCGUAUGGAAUGAGGCUGAGAAGGCAUCUCCGACGUUAUUAGACGCCUGUAAACGAGGGGAUAUAGACCUGGCAAGACGGUUAUUGGGUACUGCAAAAGCUAAUAUAUCGUUCAGGACAAAGAGAGAAGUAAGUAUACACGACUGCACACACACCAACACAGCCACAUCAGACACGACGGAACAUAAUCGGGAAGAACCGCGCACGCCAAGGCAAGCAGACGAAUACGAGCAUGCAGGUGUUGAUAGGAGCUUGCUUGCGGAUGGUGGUAUGGGCGAAAUGCGACAAGAUGAUGAGCAAACCUCGCUGAAUAUAGAUGCACAAGACGAGAAUGGUAUGACAUGCUUACACUGGGCGUGUGACCGAGGGCAUCCUGAUAUUGUUCGAGCGCUGGUUGAGAAGUGCGCAGACGUGGGGGUUACUGAUAACGAUGGGCAGUCGGCAUUGCACUAUGCUGCUUUCUGCGGGCACCUAGAUGUGGUGAGAGUCUUAUUGUGGGCAGGGGCGGACCGCGAAAUCGAGGACAAUCAUGGUCAGACGGCUUUGGACUGCGCCGAUGACUUCCCAGACAUAAUGGAAUUACUCGGCUCAAGUCGGCACUCUAGUUUGCUAGCCGAAAAGUAGAUACAAGUAUUAUUAAUCAACGUUGCGGGCACCGAGUUGUACCCGGCUUCGCACAACACAUAAAAUUCCCGACUGUGAAAUCAUCAAUCUACGGGAUACACUAAAAACACAAUACAUAUGGAUUCGGAGAGUGACAUACUUAGUAACACGACGCAGACAAGGGAAGGAAAACGUGUCAAAAACCCUGCCUUCGUGCGAGAUAAAUAUGGGUGAGCUCAUUGAUCGAAUCAAAUCAAAUAAAAUAAGUUGUGCAACAUGGCA